UAACUUCUUCUCCGUCGACGAAUCGAAGAGAGAGAGAGAUUGAGAGAUUAUGACGGACAAUAUCUUCGAAGGUCUACCUCCUCCGUCUUCUCAACACCAUCAAAACAUUCCGAAUCCUCCAAAUCCAGACGAGUCGAAACAUGAAAGUCCCUCUCCAGCUCCAACUCUUGUUCUCAAAAGCUCCCUGAAGCGAUCUAAACCGGUAGAAUCAGCACCCGAUGUCUCUGCUCCUCCUGUUCUCAAGAGCGCACUAAAGCGGUCAAAACCAGCAGAAUCUACGCCGGAACCAGAACCGGAAGUUCCUAAAAGACGUCUACAGUUUAAGACAUCGACGGAUGCAUCAGAGGAGCAAGUGAUAGAAGCGAUGCAGAAGAUAACUUCUCACAUCAAGAACCCUUCUAAAUUCUCCAAAGCUUCAAAGCUUGCGAUACGUCUGAUUCAAGCUGGAAGUGUGAAGCCUGAUACUACCAGUUACUUCAUUGCGAUGCUUGAAGCUGCCAUGUCAUCGAAAACUCCUUGUACUGAUCGGUUGGUUAGAGCAGAUUAUCAUGCAUUGUUCUCAUCAGCUCAGGAUGUGGCCGAGUGCCUUGAUAAAAGCCAGAAGAAUCUGUUGACCAUAUGGACGAUUAAAGCAGUUGUGGCUAAUGAUCUCUUUACUGAUGACAGCUUUAUGUUUUCCAAGACUGCUACUCAAAUAAAGGAGGCUAUAUCUGAUCUUCCUGUAGCAACUGAGGAAGAUGACGCGGAAGAAGCAGCUGCUCUUGAACAAGAGGCUGUGAAGGAGAGUGGAGAUGGGGAGACAACACAGGACGUGGAUGAAGCUGCUUCACCUGGAGAUCAAGAAGGUGUUGAGUCAGAUCCCUUUGGGCUGGAUGCAUUGAUUCCUAAUUGUGGGAAGAAAAAUGGUAAAACAAAGAUGACUAAAGAAGAUACAGAUGCCUUGGAGAAUAAGAAAUUUCUUAGGUCAAAAAGAGAAGCUUUGAUUACAUGUCUGGAGAUCGCUGCUCGCCGUUACAAAGUUCCAUGGUGCCAGACAGUUAUAGACAUAUUAGUGAAACAUGCGUUUGAGAACGUGUCAAGGUUUACAUCACAGCAGAGACAAGCAGUGGAGAAACUAUGGGCUUCUGUUAGAGAACAACAUCUCCGUAGGAAGCAAGGCAAGUCAGUGACGGGAAAACUUGAUGUUACUGCUUUCGAAAGUCUUCAGGACAAAUACGCCAACGAGAAAAUGAGCAUCCGGAAAUCGGUUGGAGCCAACGGUGAACGCCGUGCACAGCAAUGGCUUGGUUAAUAAAACAUUCAUCAAAACCAAAAGUGUAAUUUGUAUGAUUUUCAACACUAAGACAGGAAGUAGAAAGCAAAUAGAGAAAAUAUUUGCUCUGUUUCUUCUGAUUGUGUCUUGAUACGAAAAGUUUUCAUCCUUGUUC